AUGAACGGCCUUGCUGGGUCGUCCUUGUCUGACUGGCUAGGCAUGCCAAAUUAUGUGGCAAUGAGUUUAAACUUUUUGAUAAAUUUGAAGUCUUGUGUGAGGUUUCUUGUGGUGGUUACCUCCCAUAUGGGAUGGUUAAUGCUGGAAUCGUUAGACACCACUACCUUAGUCAAAUUAGCAACCUGUAAACCUGAUAAGUUGGUGAGGAUCCGUGGAUCUUUGAAAGGGUUCAGAAUCAUCUUCUUAACUGCAUGCUGUGCCAGCAUACAUGUUCAGGACCUUUUUACUACCACAAUAAGUUUGGAUACCCAUGUUGUCAUCCUCACAAAAUUACGACCCCGAUGGAUGUCCUCGUUUUACUACCUUUUCUUUUAUCUCGAAGCCCACCUUGUUCCCUAUAAAACAAUCGGAAAUCAACCCAUUCUUCAAACGGCGUCUUGCUUCCCCUUCUAUCUUGAGCUACUAAAAAGAUACAUCUUUCCCUUCUCCCCUGUUUCUGCUCCUCCUUCUCCUCCUCCUCCCACUUAUUUCUGUUUGUGCUUUUAUCAAGUUCAUCUUCUUUUUCUUGAUUCUUUCAUGGGCUUCCCUUCUGCUGCCAUUUAUGGCAUCCGAAUCCCAAGCCUUGUGCUGGAUUCCUUUUACGUACUGGUGCAGAUCAAGCUGUUAAUCACUUGGGUGGUCUCCCUUCUUGAUCUUCUGGAAGAUGCGGAUGACGAGCCAAAGAACCGUGGAGCGCCGUCGGCUAGCUCACAAACGAUUAAGAAGGCUCUGGCAGUUGUUGAAUUCGGCAGUUUUCUUGACAAGUUUGCUGAGUGCCAAAAAGAGGAGACGACCUGUGCGGUUUGCUUGUGCUGCCUAGAGAGAAGACAUGAAAUAAGGGAAUUGUACAACUGCAGUCAUGUGUUCCACAAGGGAUGUCUGGAUAAAUGGGUGGAUCAAGGGCAGUAUACUUGCCCCUUGUGCAGAUCCCCUUUGAUGCCUCUGUCGACGGGGAGAUCCGAUGAUGAUGAUUCGUGGUUAAUCGAUAGAAUAUCGUACCUAUUUGGCGAGGACUUGUUCACAGAGAAUUGAUCUCUCCUCUUCUUUCUAUCUAGAUCAUUUGAAAUAGGGACAAUCUUUGUGGGAAUUUUUUCAGUGCUAUUUGUUUCCAUACAUGAGAUACAGAGCCAUAGAUAUUGAUGCAACAGACGGAAGUGGGAUUUUUUGGGGUUACUGUAAAUACCAACAUGUUACGGAUUGUUAGUUUGACUUUGCUAAUGAAAUCCAGAUAUUUGUCUCUCUGAUA